GGACAUAACGGAGUGGCCAACGGCCUGCAGAGCAACAUGCCCAAGUUUUAUUGUGACUACUGUGAUACAUACCUCACCCAUGACUCUCCAUCUGUGAGAAAGACACACUGCAGUGGAAGGAAACACAAAGAGAAUGUGAAAGACUAUUAUCAGGAAUGGAUGGAAGAGCAGGCUCAGAGCCUGAUUGAUAAAACAACGGCUGCAUUUCAACAAGGAAAGAUACCUCCUACUCCAUUCUCUGCUCCUCCUCCUGCAGGGGCCAUGAUACCACCUCCCCCCAGCCUUCCGGGUCCUCCUCGCCCUGGUAUGAUGCCAGCACCCCAUAUGGGGGGCCCUCCCAUGAUGCCAAUGAUGGGCCCUCCUCCUCCUGGGAUGAUGCCAGUGGGACCUGCUCCUGGAAUGAGGCCGCCCAUGGGAAGCCACAUGCCAAUGAUGCCUGGGCCCCCAAUGAUGAGACCUCCUGCCCGUCCCAUGAUGGUGCCCACUCGGCCCGGAAUGACUCGACCAGACAGAUAAGGAUAGAGGGGAGGCUUCAUUGUAUCAGUUUUAUAUUACCUGUUCUGCUUCACCAGGAGAUCAUGCUGCUGUGAUACUGAGUUUUCUAAACAGCAUAGGGAAGACUUGCUCCCCUGUCCUAUCAAAGAGAGAAUAGUUUUGGGGGGGAGAAGUGGGACAAAAAAGAUGCAGUUUUCAUUUAUAUUGGGAAAUGUGAAAAUAAAAUUGUCAACUCUUUCAAUUAAAAAAAAAUGUGGUUUGUAAAACAAUAAUUUUAAAGGUGUCUUAACAACUUUAUAGUGGUUAUUACUACUGUAUUUAGGAUAAAAUUACAUAAUAAUGUGACAUGAAGCCUUUUUAGUAAUUUGAUGGUAUAGACCAGGGGUAGUCAAACUAUGGCCUGUGGACCAAAUCUAGCCUGUGAUCUGUUUUUGUAAAUAAAGUUUUGAAACAUAGUCA